AUGGCCCACCUUAUCGAUUUUCUAAGCAGAGUCUUCGCCAUUGCCAUUCUCGCCUGGUCCCUUCUCCUCUCCGCCAUCUUCUUCCUCGCGUAUGCAACCAGCAAGCGCAAAUACAAAUCCUUACCGCGCUCACCUCUCUCCUCGCUCCCGCGCGACGCUGUACCCGGUGUCACUCUAAUCCGCCCUCUCAAAGGCCUCGAUCCGAACCUCUACGCCAAUCUCGAAUCUGGUUUCACGCAGGACUAUGCGAAUCUCGAGUUGAUCUUGGCCGUAGCUACACCCGCUGACCCUUCCAUAGCGAUAGCCGAGAAGCUAAUGGCGGUGUAUCCGCAUAUCCCUGCACGCAUACUAGUCGGUGAGACAAACAUGGGCGUGAACCCGAAAGUAAACAACCUCAUCAAGGCAUUCCACGCGGCACACCACGACAUACUAUGGAUAGUCGACAGCAACGUGCAGCUGACGAGCGGUGUAUGUGCGCGCUCCGUAGACGCGCUACAGCGGCCCUCAACGCGCGGCAAGCGGGUUGGACUAGUCCACCACAUCCCCAUAGCUGUGCAUCCCUCUCUUGACAUGGGCGCGCAAGUCGAGCGCGUUUUCGUUAACACCACGCACUUCAAGAUGUACACAGCACUCAAUGCGCUCGCCAUAGACAGCUGCGUAAUGGGUAAGAGCAAUCUGUACAGACGCAGCGACGUCGAGAGAUUGCACGUCCCAAGCCCCACUAGCAAAUCUGUUCAACCACCUCAGAGCGGUUUGGAGGGAUUCGCGCGAUACCUUGCUGAGGAUAAUAUGAUUGCACGCGCUCUUUGGCACGAUCUCGGUCUCGAUCAUGCCCUCACGGAUGACGUCGUCGCUACGCACUUGGGUGAUAUGUCUCUCAUGCAAUACUUGGAUAGACGCGUGAGGUGGAUUCGCGUACGCAAGUAUAUGGUCUGGCUAGCUACAAUCCUCGAACCUCUCACUGAGAGUGCCACCCUCAUUCCCCUCUUCAUCGCCUCCCUGAAGCUGCUCACGGGCGCUAAAUACCUCUUUUUAACACUCCCCCUCCCACUCUUGGCGGCUUGGCUGGCUGUGGACUUGGCUAUCAUCAACUCAUAUAAAUACGCCUCCCCACUUUACAUUUCCCCCAUAGGAACCUCCUUACCCCAAUUCAUCGCUUUUUGGUGCCUCAGAGAACUACUAGCCUUUCCUAUCUAUCUCAUGGGCGUCUUUGGUAGUCAAGUUGGCUGGAGGUCUGCUCGAUACAAGAUGAUGGCACAGGGUGAGGCACUGCCAAUUGAGUAA